AUGAAAGGUAAUAAUACUACUGGAAAGCAAACAAAACCAGCUGGUGGCCCGGCAACUCCACUUACAAAAGCAGAAAUCAAUCAGCUUAAGAAAGAAGAAGCCGCAAAAACUGCUGUAAUUGAUAAUGAUUUACGUAAUUUAGGAACAUUUAUUGGAAAUGCCCAAGUAUCCGAGCAAUCAAACAAGGAAGAAUAUGAAAAACGCAAAGAAGAAAUUAAUCAAUCAGUCAAGAAAUCAACUGUUAACAUUGCCAAGCUUUCUACAAUUCAUCAAAAUGCUCAGCGUGAAUAUGAGCAGAGAAUGUCUCAUUUAAACGAUCGUAUCUCAAAAUUAAAACAAGAAUUAGCUGAUGCAACAAAAGAACUUGAAGAUUUAAAGGCUGAAAAAGAAAAGGUUCUUUUUGAAAAGGAUUCAGUUAUUGAAAACCAAAAGAGAGAAAUGAAAGAAAUGGCCUAUCAAUUUUCAGAUAUGCUAAUGAAGACUCUUAUUACUAUUACAGAAGAUUUCGAGUCUCAAACAAGCGAAGUUAGCAAGGACGAAACUUCAGGACUUCCAAAUCCAGAUCGUCUUAAAGAAUUCCUUCUUGAUAGAAUUCAUGUAUAA